UUGGGCCCAGUCCCCUUCGCUGAUUCUGAUCCAACAUGGCGGACGCCAUGAGGUAGUUUUUGACAUUUCUCGCAUUAUUCUCAGUGUUUUCGCUCAAGAAAUAAUGCCAUCCUUCGGGCAGAUGGUUAUAGGUCCUCCUGGGUCAGGAAAGAGUACUUAUUGCGCCGGAAUGCUCGAAUUCUUGACUGGACUAGGGAGAAAAGUCGCAGUGAUUAAUCUAGACCCUGCGAACGAUCAACUUCCAUACAAAUGCGCCGUGGACAUUUCUUCGCUGAUUUCGCUCUCGGAUGUUAUGGAUAAUCUCAAGCUUGGUCCUAAUGGAGGUCUGAUAUUUUGCAUGGAAUAUUUGGAAAAGAAUCUAGACUGGCUAGAAAAUCAGCUGAAGGCUUUAGAAGGCCAUUACUUUGUGUUCGACUGCCCGGGACAGGUGGAACUCUACACGCACCAUGCGUCUGUGCGAAACAUCGUCAAACAACUCGAGAAGUGGGACUCGAGACUUGUUGCUGUUCAUCUUGUUGACUCACAUUACUGCAGUGACCCUGGAAAGUUCAUCUCUGUUCUACUGACGUCACUUUGCACAAUGAUCCAAGUUGAACUACCUCAUAUUAAUGUUCUGUCAAAAAUUGAUCUGAUUGAGAAUUACGGGAAGCUAGCAUUUGGUCUGGAUUACUACACUGAAGUGUUAGAUCUGCAGUUCUUGGUUGAGCACCUCAAUGACAGUCCAUUUGGUAGCAAAUAUAAGAAGCUAAACAAGGCACUGGGGAGCCUGGUGGAAGAUUAUGGAUUGGUGUCUUUCCUAACUCUUAAUGUUCAGGAUAGAGAGAGCAUGUUUGGGGUUGUAAAAGCAGUGGAUAAGGCAAAUGGAUAUGUGUUUGGUGCCAAAUAUCAGGAAACAAACUUCUCUGCUCUCCUGUCUUCGGCUGUUGGGGCAGACUUUGAGUUCUUCAAAACAGCAAGUGUCCAGGAGCAAUAUGUGGGUAGCAGUAGAGGUGAGGCCGAUUCCUAACAAGACCCGACAUUUAGGCAAGACAUGUAGCAAAAUUUACCAAAUUUAUAAGAUGAGCUACUGUAAGUCAAGGUUUUUUAUAAGAAAAUAGUUCAUAGUCAUCGCUGUAACGGUUAACAAGAGCUUGAAUCAGAGACUGUGGGAUCUGAGUUAACAGCUCUGUGGCGCUUGGUGAAUUUUGCGCAUGCUCUAUGUAUGUCCGCUGUUUAUGCGGGAACUUCACUUUGCUGUCAAGGUUCAUCCGUAUUAGUACUUCCUUGGUCUCUUCACGGAGAUUUUCAAAAGUGCCGAUAAAAUUGUACUUGACCACGCAAGGCUGGCAGAGGAGAUGUUGGGGCAUGAAGUGCUCAUCCAUUGUGAUAGGGUUCAUUGUUUGCAAAUACAGAAAAAACUCCACAAAGGUUGCAGUGUUAUUGCCAUGCACCAGCUGUUGCUUAGUGCGGAAAAGUGGUAAGAUGUCUUGAAAUUGGAACAACUGCCAGUAAGGAUCGCCUCCUUGGAUCUUGUCAUUGUAGGCAGAUACUAGCCGGUCAAGGGGGUCCCGUACGAACAUAAACUUAUAAUAGUAUUUUAGGCGGAACUGUAUCUGCUCGUCAGUGUAGUUGGCUAGACGUGAAACUCCUGAGUUGUGAGCCUGGUCGUGAGAUAUAGAAUCUGCAAAAAAUAACAGGCUUUUUAUAUGAAUUUCAAUCUUGAAAGAGAAAAGCCCAGAGCAUUUUUUUUUCAA